AUGCAGCUCAACAUGAACAUGUUGCUCCUCCAGCUCGCCCUUGUGUGCGCGCUCUUUGCCUCUGCCACGAAGGCAGACAAUUGCUAUGGCCUUGACGUGUACGCGUGCUCUGCAAACGACGCGUGCACGCUGGACCUGGACGCCAACGACCGCCUGUACUGUCGCGCCUUCUCCUGCCGCGCCCUCCACGCCGACUGCGAGAUUGACACCCACGGCUGCUACUUCAACACCGUGACUGGCGUCUGCUACCCGCUCGACACGGAGCCCGCAUGCGCCGACUACUUCAGCGAGACCACCUGCCCAACAGACCGCUGCUCCUUCCUCUCCGAGCUCAACCUCUGCUACGAGGGCGCCUCGGUUGAGGCCAUCCCUUGCGACGUCACCCACACGCAGAUUGGCUGCGGCUACCUCCCCCACUGCGAGUUCCACUACAUGUGGGACAACAGCUGGGGCGUGUGCACGCCACAGUUCCAGGACCCGCCCUGCUACCUCUACGAGCCCGUGCCCGGCCAGUGCCCCGACGACCGCUGCCUCAUCGUCCCCACCCUCGAGAUUGGCGUCUUCGCCUGUGCUCCCCUCCCCACCACCACAACCACCGUCCCCAACGAGAGCGGCAGCGGCAGCGGCAGCGGCAGUGGCAGUGGUGACACCACCACCAGCGGUACCCUCAGCGUGCUCCCUCUGUCCACCUUCUACUCAACCCCAGCCCCUACCACGACGAGUGGCACCCUCAGCGUGCUCCCUCUGUCCACCUUCUACUCAACCCCCGCGCCCACCACGACGAGUGGCACCCUCAGCGUCCUCCCGCUCUCCACCUUCUACUCCACCCCCGCGCCCACCACGACGAGUGGCACCCUCAGCGUCCUCCCGCUCUCCACCUUCUACUCCACCCCAGCUCCUACCACGACGAGUGGCACCCUCAGCAUCCUCCCGCUCUCCACCUUCUACUCCACCCCCGCGCCCACCACGACGAGUGGCACCCUCAGCGUCCUCCCGCUCUCCACCUUCUACUCCACCCCCGCGCCCACCACCACAAGCGGCACUCUCCUUGUUUUCCCUCUGUCCACCUUCUACUCCACCCCGGCUCCGUCUGCGGACAAGGCCAGCAGCACGUUCUCCACCACAACCGUGGUUGUCUUUGCCGUUGGUGUUGUUAUUGCUGCCGCCAUCAUUGCCGUCGCCAUCGUCCGUGUCAAGUCUCGGCCAAAGGUCCGUGUUGCCCACGACCUGAGCGCCGUGAUUGCAAUGGACGACCACGCCAAGGGCCGCGCUGCGCCUGCCUCGCUGAAGAAGGCCGCACACGGUGGCGUCGUCAUCCCCGUGGCCCCCGCCAUCGACGUCUAAAGCAUGCCGCAGCUCCAGCAAUAGGUCGACGACUGUGGAUCAUGGCGGGCUUGGUGAUGGGCUUGGUGAUGGGGGUGGUGGUC